UUUUCUUCACAUCCCCAUUUAUAGAACAGGAGAACUGUGACAUAACUUCCCACACGUUAUACGCAUCCAUAUCUGAGAUUGGACUAUGUGAUUUAGCUAUAAGAUACAAGUCUCCAGGGAAUAAUAGAUAUUAUGCAACUCAGGUAAAACAUGACACCAUCGAGGCCCAACCUACAUGAAAAGGGAAUGAAUGAAGGGUGUGUGUGUGUGUGUGUAAACAGAUGUCAGCCAGUCAUUCUCUCAAACUGAUCUCUCAAAGCCACACAUGUCCUUCCUUUCAAAGCAUGUGGAACACACAGGGUUUGCUUUUACAUUCUGACAUUCCCUAGGAAGUUGCUUUGGAUAUUCUUGGUGUCUCAGUUGCAGAUUUCUGGAAAAAAAAAUCUCAUAGUAAAGUCUUUUUUUUUAAUGUAACCUUCGUGAUAUAUUUAUUUCAUUUUGGAUUUAAAAACCAAGAUUACCACUAAAAAUGAAUUUACUUUACUCUUUCCUCCUGGAAUCAGGCCCAGAUUUGUUGCGAGGUCUAAGGUCUAGAUUUCAGAGGCGAUAUGUCACCCAGCCACAUCCUAAAAAGUACAGGGGAGCCGAGCUCCCUAGUGAACCGGCUCGUGCGAUUGUGUGUUCGGGAAACAGGGCAGACGCUAGGACCUAGAGGCCUAGGGGCACCGUAGGAGGAAAUCCGGGCCUGUCUGGAACUACAUUUAUGUUCUGCAGCUAUACAUUUCUGUGACACUCAAUGGUACAUCAAUGCUAAGGAGAAAGUGCAAUAUUUAUGUUUGCAUAUGACACCUUAUUCUCCUGUUGUGGGAGGAGUCUCCAUGUUUACACACAGUGCGAGUGAGGAGACAAAGUUGGGAGCCCUUGUUGUUCUCAGACACGCAUGCAGGGGAUGAAAGUCCAGGUUCACUGUGACAUGAGUCCUCAUUACCGGUAAUUCCUAUCACAUGAGGUGUCACAAAAGUCACCAUCCUCUCUAACCAGUAUCAGGACAUCUUAUAAAAGUAUUUACCAUAAUAUUUGUAUUAUUGUCAUAAUUGGCCACUGAAUGUGGGCUGCUUAUAUAAGGUCCAUAGUAGGGACCUCCCUUACACAUCACCAGCUUCUGUCUCUAUAAAACAUCAGUCCCUUCAGCACGACCUACAGUAACCUACCUGCAAUAGCUCAUUCACCUUUCCCUUAAUUCUCUAUCCCAUUCACCCUAGAAGAUAAAAAGAUGCAGUUAAGUGAUAAGUGACUGGUAGGAAAUAUGGUGAUAAUACAGAAUAACCAUUGUCUAGAAAUUUAUAUCCCUAAAUGAUAGUGAGUGAUUUAUGACAAUUUUAAAGUCAGUGGGGGUGAGGUAAUAUAAUAGAAAGGCACUAAGUUUGGCCAAGCGCAGUAACUGAUAGCAACCAAUUAGCAGGAAGAGUGUUCAGGUCACCUGUUUAAAAGCAAUUAUCAUUGCUAUGGGGUUACUACUGUGCAAACCGAGAGCCUUUUAUUACAUAUGGUGGAAUAUUUAUUUUACUUCAGUUCAUACAGUGAGACAAUGAGGUUAAAGGUUACUGCCAACCCUGUUUUAUAAUAUCAUUGGAGCCAAUGAGAAAUGGGAUUAUGUGGCAGUGUAGCCUUUCUCAGCAUCUCUUCUGUUAUGUGGCUUUUGAGCCCAUAGACUUUCACCUUCAUAGAAAAUCAUAAAUUUUUCAGACAACACUAUUGACUAGCACUAUUGAAGCAUUUAUUAGUGUGUGUGAUACUUCUGAGGUACCCUUACUAGAAAUGGAAGAAGACAGUAUUUUGGUCAAUUUAUUUUUGGGUUAAUUUGCCAACCACAGUAUGUACAUUAUUUUGUGUGUAGGUCAAAAAAAACUUUUUCAACAUAAAUUGACCAUAUCUGUGGUUUUUGCUUAUUUGUGCACUACAUAGGGCUUUCAGUUUCCAAGUUCUUUGUUCUUCAGAGCAAUUUUGGGAAAAGGAGGAAGCAGUUAAUCAUGUUACCCUUUCCAGUUAGAAUAACAGAGGUGGUCAUACACGGGCCAAGAAAAGCUGGCAACAUAUAAAGUAUUGUAUGGGGCCCUCCAACGGGCUUCCAUAAUCGAUAUGUGGCCGAACAUCGGCCAGAUGACGAUCAGGCAGACUUAAAAUUCCCAUUGGAUCAAGGACAACAUUAAUUCGUUGAUACAGUCCUUAGUCCCAUCACUUACAUUCCUACCCUUUGAUCUGAUCUUUGGGUGCUAGGGCCCAUGUUUAGUCAUCUUAAGACAAAGGCUGCUCUUGCUAGGGAAAAGGAAGACUUUGUCUAUCGCUUAUUAUCUCUUUUUAAAAAAAAUCGUAAAUAGUAAUGGCUAGUAACUGUUCUGUGCUUAAUCAUAGAAAAACAUGUAGAAAAUAUGGAUGUUUUACAUUAAAAGAACAGGCAGAAUACAUUUUUCUCAUAAGCCCUAAUUAUUUUGUUCAUGUUAAAAAAAGAUUUAUACAUAACUUUGUAGUCGUAUACUGCCCCUUAAAUGGCACUGCAGUGCUGUAACAGUUGGAAUGCUUUGGGAUUUUCUGCAGAGCUCCAUUCACAAUAAAGGCAGAUUCUGUUACCAAAGCACAUUUCAUUCUUCCAGUUGGUUGGACACCUUUCCAGUAGUCUUGCUCGGCACUUAAUAACAUACCCACAAAUUUGAUUGACCUGUUAUCCAGAAUGCUCGGGUCGGAUCUUUCUGUAAUUUGGAACCAUACAUUAGAAUCUAGAAUCUAGAUACUAGAAAAGCAUGUAAACAUUAAAUAACCAUAGUAGGGUUGCCACCUUUUCUGGGGCCGGAAAAUGGGCAAAGGAGCGGAUGAUGUUGGAGGUGGGGCAGGGCUGGUGAUGUCAGGGGCGUGACUGGUAAUGUCGGGAUGGGACUGAUGAAGGUAGCGAUGUGCGAUUGGCUGGUUGCCAUGUCAUUAUUUUCAAUGUCCAGUCUGUAUUUCCUAAUUUAGAAAUCCGGACAGCCCUUCCAAAUACCGGCCUGUCCAGGUGAAAUCCCAAUAAGCUAGUUCUGCUUCCAAUUAGCAUUAAUUAUAUCUUAGUUUGGAUCAAGUACAAGGUACUGUUUUAUUAUUACAAAGCUAAAAUCAUUUUUUAAAAUUUUGAUUAUUUGGAUUAAAUGGAGUCUAUGGGAGAUGGGUUUUCGAUAAUUCAGAAAUUUUCACAUAAUGGGUUUCCAGAUAACAAAUCUCAUACGUGUGGUAAAGUUUAAGUAUCUCCAGACUUUCUAAGCUGUUUUCGGGCCUGUGCUAGAGCUCACAUCUUCCUCACUACAGCUAUCUGUAUUUAAGCUAACACUUUCAACCUUAUAAAGGGAAUACUGUAAAUAAAGUCUCACAUUGUGCACUAGCAGCAACUCACAGCAACUGAUCAGAUGUUAUCUUUCAAAUAGGUGAUCAGUAAAUGUAGCCUGCUCAUUGGUUUCUAUGUGUAACUAACAAUGGGUAACUAGACCUUGUGCAACCUUGCCCAGCUUUUAUUACCUCCAUAGUCUUUUAUUCAUGAUUAAUACAAAAGACAAACUAGUAUUAAAGGGUAAAAGUACAAAAAAGUAUUAAAGGAUUCAGUUAAUCAUCAAUAGUACCAUGCAACAGCAAUAUAACACUUACCUAGAACAGAUGAUAAAGUGCAUUUGAAAUCACUCUGUAAUGAGCAGUCAGCCAGCAUAAUCCAGCAGUUCUCUACUCACAGAAUCACUGACUGUCAUUAUGACCUGGGAUCCUAACACCAAUUCAAGUAUCUAUUCUAAACUGGAUCUAUUAUAUUCUAAUCAGUCUGGAGGGGCCUAGUUGGCAGCUUUUAUCAGCCUGUAUAUGGCCAACUUCAGUUGAUCUUGUAAUUUGAGACUUUAAAUGGGAAAUAAAACAGCACAUUCAAGUAUAGGGCACAGAAGAAGAAUUUUUUUCUCAUUGUUGAUCACUGCCAUGACUAGUAACAGGAAGUCAUAUUGCCAAACAUUGGGCCAUCAGCCUUGCUGUGCUGUAAGGGGUGAUGUGGACAGAGCAGGGGUCACUGGAGGGAUGUAGUUCCCAUUAUAAAGUAUGCAUGCAUGAACUGCUCUUAAAAGCAUGCAGUAUUUAGAGGUAUUUGCGGUAAUUUGUGUGUCUCUGCUAUUUAAAAAAUAAUAGAAACGAUUCAUCGUACCUUUAAAGUAAAAAAAAAAUGCUAAUCUGCCGAUUUGGUGCACCUUUCAAUAAAUCUUAUCUUCUGAGUUUGAGCAUUAUCCGUGUGUCCAGAUGUGGUGAUUACCUGGGAGUUUAGCUACAGAACUCUUCAUUUUACCAUUUGUAUAUCACAUCAUUAUGUGCAUUAUUAACUGGAUUGCUGAGGCACAGAAUAAAAACAUUUAUUCAUCUUGAUAUUUUUCUUCUCCCUGUCCACUUGAGUGCAGCAAUGUACAGUUUUCCACAUUUAUCUAUUUACUUGAAAGCCAUCACCCUACCCAUUCUAGAUCAGUAAUAAUUACUUUACAGACAACUCCAGGAGGAGCCAGCUGAUAAUGCAUAAACAUCAGCUGAAUCUGGGUGGUCUAGGAGGCUGCACUCCCAUUAUAAUCCUGUACAAUUUUCUCCCAUUAUAAACCUGAACAAUAUUGUUGGAGUAUACAUCAAAACUAGUUUUGGGAGUCUUUACCUGUAGAUAGUGGCCCAUGACAGGCUGCAGAACUCGCUCCAUGUCUUGGAUUGGGCAGCUUUGGUCGUAUGAAACACAAAAAGUAAUUGUGGUUAAGAAUCGUCGCCUAGGGACCAUCUAUAGGCUUCUGCAACUACUCAUCAUUGUGUACUUUGUCUGGUAUGUAUUUGUAGUUCAGAAGGGAUACCAAGCACAAGAGACAGGCCCAGAAAGUGCAGUCAUCACAAAGGUAAAAGGGGUCUCUACCUCCAAGGGCCCCAGAGGGAUAAAGAAGAUCUGGGAUGUAGCUGAGUAUGUGAAGCCCCCCGAGGGGGGCAGCGUUUUCACCAUUAUAACCAGGAUAGAAAGCACCAAGCAACAGACCAUGGGAACUUGCCCAGAGAGCAGGACUGUACCUAAUGCUUUGUGUGUCACUGACGAGGACUGUAAGCGCGGAGAGAUGCAUAUACUUGGGAAUGGGGAGCAGACGGGACACUGUAUCAUUGCUGGACGGGGAUCACUCAGAACCUGUGAGAUCUUUGCUUGGUGCCCCCUGGAAGAUGAAACAGCGAUCAGUGAAUCCCUACAGGAUUAUGUCCAAAACUUUACUAUAUUAAUCAAGAACAACAUCCAUUUCCCUCAGUUUGGAUUUUCCAAGGGAAACAUAGAGGGCCAGGGCUUCCUAAGGAACUGCAACUACCACCCUGUUCUGUCUCCUUCCUGUCCCAUAUUCACUGUGGGCUUCAUUGUGAGUGAGGCUGGAGCAAAUUUCACAGAACUGGCAAAAAAGGGAGGAAUUAUUGGAGUCAUCAUCAACUGGAACUGUAACCUGGAUUUGCACCUUUCAAAAUGCCGGCCUGAGUACUCAUUUAGGCGCCUUGAUUUGCAGAAUAAAAUAUCUUCUGGAUACAAUUACAGGUUUGCCAAGUAUUACAACAACAAUGGCACAGAGACCCGGACACUUAUUAAAGUAUAUGGGAUUCGAAUUGGUGUAAUAGUGCAUGGACAGGCUGGAAAGUUCAGUCUUAUUCCCACCAUCAUUAACCUGGCCACAGCCCUAACAUCCAUUGGCAUUGGAUCGGUGCUCUGUGACUGGAUUUUACUGACUUUCAUGAACAAAAACCACACGUACAGCCUUCGGAAAUUCGAUGAGGUAUGGAAGUUGGAGGAUGGAACAGCGAUUACCACUGUCAGCUCUUUGCAGGAGUCGUCUUGUAUCUCUGGUUCUGCCUGCACCCUUGUUGAGCCUGUUUACAAGGACAUGGGCCCUGCAGUGGAAUUUACAAUCAUACACGAUGGACUGGGGCAAGAUGGUAUUCUACCCCCACCAGGAAGCUGAUAUUUUCACUGCCGUUAUCUUAAGCCUGAAACUCAAAAUAAUAUACAGUAAGAUCAUUAGGACAAGGCUCAUGAAUAUCUGUAUAACUGUAAUAACAGAAGUGUAGAGCAGAGAAAAUACUGUAUAUUGUUACUUUGCUAAAUGGGACUGCAUGCCAACAGCCCAAACAGAAGCCUGUAUUAAAAGCAACCAGUGCAACAGGUGUCGGUAUUCAAUCUUUAAGGCAGACUGAGAAAUAGCUUCAAAUUUUCCCUCUCUCUGCUCUUUCUAUUGUCAUAUAAUUUCUUGCACUUUUUUGUAAUUGUCUAUUUUCUACCUAUAUUUAGUUCACAUAACUAUAAUUUACUGGGCCCACAGUAAAAUUAUAUUUAUAAUCCCCACAACUCAUUAGAUAUUAUUUUUCUUUGACAUAUAAAAAAACUGAAAAUGAAUCAGUGCCCCACUGCAUCCUCUCUACACUCUUGUAUCCUUCAGCAUGGCCUCUGUGUUUCAUUUUUGCGCUGUGCUUUUCUAUUAUUCUGUGCCCUUUUCAUCUGAGACCUAAUUAGCUUCAGUUGCAAAUAAGAGCAUAACAGCCCUGGUCUGUUUCUGAUCUUAAUUUAUAUACUUUGUUCACAUUCCACCACUUUUCUUUCAUUCCAUUUUUCUACCAAAUCAUCUGCCAAAGACAUAUCUCCUUUUCUAUUAUAUUGUCUUCUCUCCAUCUUGUUAUUCUUUACACUUUAUUUGUGAAGUCAGAACUCUGUUUAUCCCUAGGGAUCCAUUGGGGAAGUGGUGAGAAACAAUUUCUCUUAUAACAAGAUUUCACAAGUAAUUAUGGGAAAAUGUGGCUCCUGUGGUCUUUGUUUCAUCUCCGUUAAAACCUCAUAUUGUUGCUCCCCCCUCCUCCUGUCUGCUUCUCAUAUUACUCAGGAAACUAGGCAAGGUGCUUCACUUGGGCAUUGUCAGGGGAUUUUGAAAGUGCAAAGGAUUGUCCAUAAAUCAAUUAGGAACUAUUGACGUGCCAUGUAAUAAACCUUUCUACAAAAGUAAUAUGUCCAGUAGUACUCAUGCCAUUGUUUUAGGACUGCAUUGUUUCUCAAAUGUGCUAGGCAAAAUUCGACAUUAAUAAGUAGUAGUAUUGAAAGCUAAAGGAGGUUAUAUCCAGAGUUUUAUUUUUUUUUAGUUUUUAUUUUUGAAACUUUUUAACAACAACAAAAACAAAGGAACAGAGAAGAAAGGGAGAAAAGGGAGGCUUAAAGGCCCCCAUACAUGGGCCGAUAAAAGCUGCCGACAGG